GCUGGUUUCGACUGGUUUCUGGUCACACACGAUGUGAACUCUGUAAACGGCACAAGCCCGAGAGAAUAAAGACGUGAUUAAAAUAGAAAAGUCGGUGUUGCUGCGUGCGGAGAGGUGGCGACGUGAGUUUAGCGCUAAUGUCUACGGCGUAUCCCGCAGGGUCGCUGAGGGGAGACUGGUGCCGCUCGCUGCCAAACUAUCCUCCAACACACAUGCCGGGCUGACACGGGCUCUGUAGAUGCGGAGCACGUCAUCUGAAAUCCUCAUGUACACUGACGGCUGGUGAGAAAGGCGCAGCAAAAGGAGACGUGGAGAGAAAGGGGGGUUUAAAAAAAACUGGCUCAACUCAAAUUACACCUUAUGUCAGGAUUGCGGAGGAAUCAUUGGUCGGAGACGCGAUUGGAGAGUUGACGGGGAGUUCCACAGGGGGGUCCUACAAUGGAAAAAAAAUUGUUUCCGAAAAGUGUCUCCAGUCUGCCGUUGUGAAGUGCGGGCUGGGCUGGGCUGGGAGCAAGAUGCUGGGUCCAAGCGUGGUGUACUUCAGCCUCCUGUGCUCGCUGUCGCGGGCUGUGUUUACCGGACCCCUCCACCCGGAGAUGUCCAACGGUACUUUCCAUCACUACUUUGUACCGGACGGGGACUACGAGGAGAAUGAUGACCCUGAGAAAUGCCAGAUGCUUUUCCAAGUGUCGGACGAGCGGCGCUGCGGGGUCGGAGUGGACACGGAGAUGUAUCUCAAGGAGGAGAUGACCACCAUCAGGAGACAAGUGCAGGACGCGGCGCGGGUGUUGGAAGGAGUCGGCAAGAACAUCGCCUACGACCUGGAAGGCGAGGACAGCUACGGGAACUACCUCCGCAGGGAAGCCUCGCAGAUCGGGGAAGCUUUCAUGCAUUCCGACCGCUCGCUGGUGGAGCUGGAAGUGAAAUUCCGACAGAGUCAAGAGGGCGAGGUGAGGGAGGUGAACGCCAUUAACGAUGAAGUGGUUCACAUGCUCUACAACACCAGGGAGAUUCUGAAGGAGACGAUGGAGAUCUCGUCUGGGUUAAAAGACAAACACGAACUCCUCACCCUCAUCGUCAGAAGUCAUGGGACGAGGCUGAGCAGGCUGAAGAACGAUUUCAUGCGAGGCUGAGAUUGCGACUGCUCACGACGGAUUGCCAGUCCUCCAGUAAUAAUAUUUCAUUAUUUCUGCAGCAUAUUUAUCAAAUUAUAUUGGCGUAAUGUGAGAUGUGUAAAUGACACCCUCCCCCCAUCUAAUAUUAUAUCACUAACACUGCGUAACAAGUCGCUUUGCGGCCAGCGUAUCUAUAUGAAGCGUGGAGAGAGAGAGGUCCAUUAUGAAGCCACCCUGUCAUUCUGUACAUGUGUCAGUGUUUUGUUCAACGUUCGUUGCUGCAUAUGUUUUGUCGCCUUUAAAUAUAUACUGACGUGUCACCUCAAACACCGCAGGCAGGUACAAGUAUUUUAAUACAAAAAAUAAAAGAUUUACCGCAACUAUGCUUAUUUAGGGUGGCUUUCAGCCGUGUCGUUUUGCGUGGGUCUAAAAUAAAAUGUAAUGAGUUCUUUACGGUCCCUGAACACUAAUGUCGAUGGAAUUGAAACAUUAUUAAGGUGGAUAUAAAAAGAGCAUUUAGAACCAAUUUGGAGACAGUAAUACACUUAUUAACGCCGCCCUUUUAGCAGCCAUUCUCCGGAUUGAACAGGUCAGAAUUACUGCAUACGCGCCGCGCUACUCGAUUACAGCAAACUGACAGCUUUGAUUAAUGGCACAGCUUUAAAGUCUGGAUUUGCCAACAAUUUCCGCUCCGCUUUCAAGAGGUAAAACACACCAAGCCCGGAACGAGUUAAUGUUUGUUUUCUGAGCGUGUCUUGUGGUCGGAUCUUUUGACAUUAAAGGAUUAUGGAGGGA